AUGGCGGCGGCGGCAGGGCAAAGGGCGGGGUUAGAGGCUGACAGCCUGUCCAGACUUUUCCUCUGUUUCCGCUUGUUCCUACUAACAGUGAGCCUCUGCCAAUACUUGUUCUUGUUCUUGGCUCUGAGAGUCCUGGGAGCGGGUGAGGGAAGGAUUGUCUGCGGGGAUUGGGGCAAACACCCAGCGGGGGAAAGGCGGGACUUCCGCGUCUUGCCGGAAGUGAUGUGAUAGUCGCGGCCACCGCCAGGUGGAACGGCAGUUCCCCAGUCCCCUGCCGAGCUGGGCAGUUAGCCAGCCCGCUCCAACUCUCGGAGCCAUGUUUGCAGACUUGGAUUAUGACAUCGAAGAGGAUAAACUCGGAAUUCCGACUGUGCCUGGGAAGGUGACCCUGCAGAAGGAUGCUCAGAACCUGAUCGGGAUCAGCAUUGGAGGAGGGGCCCAGUACUGUCCCUGCCUCUAUAUCGUCCAGGUAUUUGACAAUACCCCAGCAGCCUUGGACGGCACAGUGGCAGCUGGGGAUGAGAUCACCGGCGUCAAUGGCAGAUCAAUCAAAGGGAAAACUAAGGUGGAGGUGGCGAAGAUGAUUCAGGAGGUGAAGGGGGAGGUGACCAUCCACUACAACAAGCUGCAGGCGGACCCCAAGCAGGGCAUGUCCCUGGACAUUGUGUUGAAGAAAGUCAAGCACCGGCUGGUGGAGAACAUGAGCUCGGGGACCGCAGAUGCCCUGGGCCUGAGCCGGGCCAUCCUAUGCAAUGAUGGGCUUGUCAAGAGGCUAGAGGAGCUGGAGCGGACCGCCGAGCUGUACAAAGGGAUGACGGAACACACCAAGAACCUCCUACGGGCCUUUUAUGAGCUGUCGCAGACUCACCGGGCCUUUGGGGAUGUGUUCUCCGUGAUCGGGGUGCGGGAGCCCCAGCCAGCCGCGAGCGAGGCUUUCGUGAAGUUUGCCGAUGCCCACCGCAGCAUCGAGAAGUUUGGCAUUCGGCUUCUGAAAACCAUCAAGCCGAUGCUGACAGACCUGAACACGUACCUCAACAAAGCCAUCCCGGACACUCGCCUCACCAUCAAGAAGUACCUGGACGUGAAGUUUGAGUACCUGUCGUACUGCCUGAAGGUGAAGGAGAUGGAUGACGAGGAAUACAGCUGCAUCGCCCUAGGCGAGCCGCUUUACCGGGUGAGCACUGGCAACUACGAGUACCGUCUGAUCCUGCGCUGCCGCCAGGAGGCUCGCGCCCGCUUCUCCCAGAUGCGCAAGGACGUGCUCGAGAAGAUGGAGCUGCUGGACCAGAAGCACGUCCAGGACAUCGUGUUCCAGCUGCAGCGCCUCGUGUCCACCAUGUCCAAGUACUACAACGACUGCUACGCGGUGCUUCGCGAUGCCGACGUCUUCCCCAUCGAGGUGGACCUGGCGCACACCACCCUGGCCUAUGGCCUCAACCAGGAGGAGUUCACCGACGGGGAGGAGGAGGAGGAGGAGGAGGACACGGCUGCUGGGGAGCCGGCCAGGGAUGCAUGAGGGGCUGCUGGGCCCCUGGACAAGGGUGGAAGCUGGCGUGACUCCCGAGUGCCCCGAGGAUGGAUGUAGUGCCGGGGGCAGGGUGUGUGGGAGGGUGGAGCCUGGGAGCCAGUCGGGGCUGCUGCUCCGGGGGCGUCGCAUAAAGGCCUGCUGGCUUGGGGCGCCUGCCUCCCUUUCCUCUGUCCUCGCACAGCGAACCUGGGCUCUUGGCCAGGACAGGCACCAGGGUCAUGGCCUGGGACCUGGACACUGGCCGCCCCCCCCCUUUCCUCCCCAGCCAGAGGGAGAGCUUGGUCUCUGGACCUGCCUUAGGAAGGAGAGGGAGGGCAGGAAGGAAAAGCGCUUGGAGGCGGCAGGAGUCCGGGCCCUGGCCCUUGUGGGCACCCGCACCGCCCCCGGAGCCUGCCGGGAGCGAGGCAUGGGGUGGACAGCAGGGGCUGGGGCUGAUGUCACCUGGACACCCUCGCCUCGCCCCAGACCGGCCUGUCCCCAUCACACCUCCGUGGCCUUUAUUUAUUCUGUUCCCCCAGCUUGGCCACUUCUCUGGAGGAGGGCUGGGCUCUGGGCCUGUAUUGAAUAAACACAAACCUGGAUGGUGC